AUGGGUGGCGAGUGGCGACGGAGUGCUUUGGGGUGGAUCCCUUCCACUGACCGCAGCCUCCUGAAGGCUACAUGCACCUAUGUUUGGCGAGUGCCUGUGGAACAACUCAGUGAGGACGACUACCGUGACCGCAUCAUGGAAAUCGUCGGACAACCAGCGACCAAGUGGACACCCACCAAGUCAGACAUGCAAAACUACUGUCGGGCGCUGAGUGUCGACCCCCCAUGGAGACGUGACCAGUCGCCUGGUGUCAUUUAUGGAGCGGCAGCGCGUGUCACACCCAGCUACCUACGCGACAGAGUCGAAGAGAAAAUGAAGACCGUGCCAGCGAACGAUCUGGUGGCCUUUGCGGAUAUCCUACGCGAACAGCUCGACCGAACGCAUGACGCGGACAUGGUUAAUCAACAAAGAAACAGCUAUGGUUCGAAGCGUGGCCGUGAAGAAGACGACCAAGGGCGCCGCAUUACGAAACAUGCGAAGAAGGCCAACCAAGCUGUUCUAAAUCAGCGGGAAUUACGAGGAAAUUACCCACGUCCACCAGGUGGAUACAUCAAGCCGGAACGAAGUGCGGCGGUGUGGUUCCCGUCGACACAAAAGCGAACGGGGGACCCACCAGCCACAAAGUACGGACCGCAAGCGAACUCGCGCCCAAGACACGACGACCGCCAUGUCCAAGCUGUGCGUGAUGAAGCACGCCCUCGAUUUGCACCCGGCCGGGAUGACCGCGGCAUGCUGUGCUUUGUCUGCCAGCAGCCAGGACAUAUGGCCCGGGAAUGUCCCAACAAAAAAGACGGGGAUAGCGGCGAUACAAGCUGGAAGAAGGGCAAGAACGCCGUCAAGCGAUUCAAAGCGCGGGAACGCAAAGCGAACAUGCAAGCGAAGCGAAUGAAGAAACCCCCACCGCCCAGCAAGGAGGAUGAUGGACGUUGGGUGCGACUGAACAGUGUGCUGGAAGUUCCAUACUGCCCAGACACCGGCGCAGAUCAAAACAUUGUGCCCCAAGCCAUGGUGGAUGAACUUCAAGCGUUACAGCCAAAACUUCAAGUUGUCAAGUUGGCUGCGCCAUUUGUGGGAACAGCAUGCAAUCAGAUGCCGUUCGAAGUGAGCUCCUAUGUGGACCUUACCCUAACGAUGCAGACGGCCGCUGGACCAGUCAAGGUGCCAGGCAAGCGCCGCUGCUAUGUGGUCAACGAUGGAGAUGAAUUCCUCGUCUCGGACGACACCCUCAAGACCAUUCGUAUCGACAUCGACCGCCUGCUGGAACAGGUGGCGCGCCUACAAGUGGAUGAGGACGGCGAUGACCUGGAAGAAGUUGGUGCCGAUUGCGUGGAAUUGCCCCAACGAUCGGCCGUCAGAGCCGCGACCAUGAAGGCGGCGCUACCUGUAGCCAAGAAUGAAGUCGAGGAAGCCCUACAAGGGAUCGACGGCGCAGUCGAUAACGGAUUUCCAAUGGAACGUGUUAAGUACUUGUGGGAUGUUCUCAGCAAGCAUGACAUCCGGCGAAUCAAGUUCGACGGGUCAGACCCACCGGCGAAGGUGAAGCCGUUGAAGGAAGUGGGCGAAUUCUCCGUCGUUUUGGAGCACUUGGUGACCCACGAACUGUGGGAAGCACACGCAUCAAGAGUCAAGCUCUACGCCGAAGACAGCUUUGAAGUGACUGAAGAAAUCCUCGAACAUGCCUCCGAGCAAGGGAUCAUGCUGAAGGUCAAGUCCAUCGCGGGACACAAGUUUGUCCCGGAUGUGAAAGUCUUCAUCCUGGAAGUGCUUUGGGAAGGUUUUGAAGAUAUCGAGUCCUCAUGGGAAUCGCUGCAGAAGCUCAUGCAUGAAUGCCCAGCCGUCGUGAAGAACUACGUUGAAGGCGUGAAGACAGCGAGCGAAGGCUACGAAUUAGCGAGGCCCAAGUAUGUCCUGCGGGACAUGGCUUGGGGCGCCACCGGGUGCCGACCCUUGGCGAACCUACACGAAAAGGCGUAG